CGUUGCAUUCGGGAUUGCGCCUAGCCAAUGUCACGGUUACGAUAGGCAGAUCUGACCGGCCAGGGUUGCACGGCGUUCCCCGCAUAAUCAAAAGGAGGGGAGUGAGUGAGGCGGCUGCUGGGUUCGUUUUCACUCGGCGAGCAUGAAAUUGCCAUUGAUAUCAAUGUAACAGCGCUUCCAAAACCUCACAGCCAUUGUCUUGCUUCUCUCGAGAAGGGGCGUUGUUGAAUGUCGACUUUCAACAAUGAAUGCAACUCCACGGACCCCUCAUCUGGAUGCCCUCCGCAAAGAUGGCUUCGUCAAGAUCCCUAGUCUGCUGUCAACACAACAACUUCGAAGGCUGCGGGAAUCUUGUGAACAGACAACUAAGCAGGUACGGCAAGGCAAGUGGCCGUACGUGCGGACGGUGCCAAAACAAUAUCCGCCGUGGCAUGAAUGGCGACCGGGAGACAACAUCUGGGGAGUGCAGCAUCUCCUUCAUCCAGACAUGGCUCAGCGGAAUGCUUUCGCCGAGCUCUACUUUUCGGACGAAGUCCUCUCGAUAGUGAAAGAGCUGGUGGGUCUGAAAGACGACGAGCAUGGUGAUGAUCAGCUGGUCAUGGAACUGUUUAAUCUGCUCGUGAGUCCUGCUGAGCGACAAGACUUUGAGUUAUGCUGGCAUCGAGACGAUGUUCGGCCAGACGUCACUCCGGAGAACGAAGCCCAACAACUGAAAGAGAAGAGCCCCGAGGGUAAACAACUACAUGCGCAAUACAACAUUGCACUCUUCGACGAUGCCUCCCUUAUUGUUGUUCCGGGAAGUCAUCAGCGGAUCCGAACUGAUGAAGAACGAAAUGCCGCACCUUUCGAGCCCAAUCUACCUGGUCAACUCGUGGUGGAGAUGAAGCCUGGUGAUGCUGUCUUCUAUGACAGCAACAUUCUACAUCGUGGUGUCUACAAAGGAGUAGAUACGUCUACCGAUCUUGGUCGGAUGACUCUUCACGGCUCCAUCGGGCUAGCUGGCCAUGGCAGUGAACGAGCCAGACAGGUCCUGCAGCAUGCUGUAGGUCAGUGGAUUGGCAGAGCACAAUUUGACCUGGAAGGAUCGAAAGGUGAACGAGCUGAAGCCAUGCGUCAAAGGCUCGUUGAGAUGGGAAGCGGUGAAGGUCUUGGUUACUCGCUUGUAGGCUAGCCAGGUUCAACUUCCAGGUCUAUGCCACGUCCUCUGUUCUUUG